AUGACCUUCAACGUAUUCAAGGCCAUGAGUUACCCACCAGAGCAAUUCGGGGAAUGCAUGAGGUUAGAUGCGCUUGAGGAAGAAGUACAUGAGGACUUUGAGGAAGAAGAACCUGAAGAGCCAGAGAGGGUAGUAGGGGAGGAAUAUGAAUCAAGUGAAGAGGUUGCAGCAAUAGAAAUUCAUACACAAGAAGUGCCCAAGGUGGAAAAUCAAAAGUCAGAGGCACCAAAGCUUGAGCUCAAAGCAAUGCCACCUACUCUCAAAUAUGCAUAUUUGGGGAAAAACGGAAGUUACCCAGUAAUCAUAAGCUCAUCCCUCAACCAGGAUCAAGAGGAUGAACUACUCCAAGUACUACGGAGGCACAAGGAUGCCAAUGGAUGGACGCUUGCUGACCUGAAAGGAAUAAGCUCAGCCAUAUGUAUGCACAAGAUACUGCUAGAAGAAGAUGCCAAACCAUCCAUUCAAUCUCAAAGGAGGCUGAACCCAAUUUUGAAAGACGUGGUGCAGAAAGAGGUUAUGAAGUUAUGGCAGGGAGGGGUGAUAUACCCUAUCUCAGACAGCCCAUGGGUCAGCCCUGUACAUGUUGUCCCAAAGAAGGGAGGAAUAACUGUAGUUCCAAAUGAGAGGAACGAAUUAAUUCCUACAAGGACCGUCACUGGAUGGCGGAUGUGCAUAGACUACAGAAAACUCAAUGAAGCUACACGAAAAGAUCAUUUCCCGCUUCCAUUCAUGGACCAGAUGUUGGAACGACUUGCAGGAGGAAUAGUGCUUGGUCAUAAGGUUUCUAACCAGGGUAUUGAGGUGGACAGAGCUAAAGUGAAAAUUAUUGAAAAACUUCCUCCACCCGGUGAUGUCAAGGCAAUUAGGAGCUUUUUAGGGCAUGCAGGGGCAGUGUUAGGACAGAGGAAAGAUAGCUUAGUCCAUGUGAUAUACUAUGCCAGCAAGGUCCUUAAUGAUGCUCAAAGAAAUUAUACCACAACCGAAAAGGAACUGUUGGCAAUAGUAUUCGCAUUUGACAAGUUUAGAUCAUACCUCAUUGGUGCAAAAGAAUUUGAUAUUGAAAUCAGAGACAAGAAAGGAGUGGAGAACAAGGUAGCAGAUCACCUCUCCAGAAUCCCUCAGGAUGAAGGUGGGGGACAUGAUACUCAAGUGAACGAGCUCUUCCCUGAUGAGCAGUUGAUGAUAGUUCACAAGGCUCCAUGGUUUGCAGACAUAGCCAACUUCAAGGCAACUAAGGCUUUACCACCAGAGAUACAUAAACAUCAGAAAAGAAAGCUCAUGAAUGAUGCAAAAUACUUUGUCUGGGAUGAGCCAUAUCUCUUCAAGAAGUGUUCAGAUGGAGUCCUCAGAAGAUGUGUUUUGGAAGAAGAAGGACGAGAGGUGUUAUGGAAUUUCCACAGCUUAAGUUAUGGAGGCCAUUUUGGAGGGGACAGAACUGCAGCAAAGGUUCUACAAAGUGGGUUCUUUUGGCCAACCCUUUUCAAGGACGCCAAGAACUAG